UAUACAGCAGCUAUAUGUCAAAUUGACGUUUGUUCGCUGCGCCUCUCUUUCGCUCUUUCUUCUACGAGCGUUCGCCAUACAAGAUGACGAAAGGUACCUCGAGCUUUGGUAAACGCCACAAUAAGACGCACACCCUGUGCCGUCGCUGUGGCCGCUCCUCCUACCACAUCCAAAAGUCGACUUGCGCCCAAUGCGGCUAUCCCGCAGCCAAGUUGCGUUCAUACAACUGGUCCGUAAAGGCCAAGAGGAGGAAGACCACUGGCACCGGCCGCAUGAGCCAUCUGAAGGUUGUGCGUCGUCGUUUCCGCAACGGAUUCCGCGAGGGCACCCAGGCUAAGCCCAAGAAGGCUCAGUCCGGCAAAUAGGCGUAAAGCUAUUUCAGCUUUCCGCAACCGCUCUCCAACCAACAAAUAGCAA